AGAAAGUAACCGGACAAAAAAAGUGCCUGGGUGAUUUAUCUCUGUUCUGCAGAGGCUGACGUUUUCCGCAGCUCCUUCACCUCUCCGUUUCAUUCAGAUGAUCUAGGAGCAGGAGUAGGCCAAGGUAGAAGAGGAGUGUUCUGUCUGAGAGCUGACUGCCAAAGUCUGACUAUGUGCUGGAUUAAACUGACCUGUGCCUGGACAGAAGAGAAGUGGCUUUGAAGCACCCCAGGAAACAUUUCACCCAAGCGUGCACUCGAGGAAGAGGAAGAUUCCAGCGCUGGGUUGAUGACUGUUCCUCAGCAGUGGGGAUGGGAGCAGGUUACACACAGUUAACAUUGGUGCAGUCCACCAAAGGAACAGCAUCGUUAUCCUUUUACUGGGGGUGGGGGGAGUGUUGGGAGGGAUAGAAACUGGAGGCCGAUUUAAACCGUGAAGGAAAAUAACUUACUCAGUAUUUAUUAACAAGUUUUAAUUCCGCGUUGCUUUUUUAAAUCGAGUGGCUCGUACCCGACGGAGUUUGUUGUCAGCUGAAUCGAAGAAGAGAAUCUCAAACUGGGAGACGAACCUUUGGCUGCUCCUUAACCUUCAAACCGGACCCUUUUAUCGUGUCCACAAACGCGAGACUUUUGCCACUGCCGGGAUCACAAGCUUUGGUUUCACCUUUUCUCGAUCAGAGCUGCCCAGGGGCAUUGGAACAAGGCUUCUUUUUUUAAAUAAAAAUACCGCUCUAUUUAUGAGGACUCCUGAGUGUUUUAGGCCCACGUAAGCUGCUUUGGACAACUCCUCUGUGGGCAGUGUAAGUGAUUGGAAUUUCAUUAGACUGAUGUCAGCUGGACUGUUCUAAGAUCAGUUCAGUGCCUGGUGUCGUCUUGGGCACCAGACCUGAAGAUGGAAGGUGUUCAAGUUAUGGAUGUUCGGUUGAGCACUGUGAGCCCGGAGCCCCUGCAGCCUGCUGUUCCGCCCUCUGUGACUCUGGGACUGACGAUCGUCUACACCGCACUUUACGGACUCCUCUUCCUCCUCAUCUACAUCCAGCUUUGGCUGGUACUGCAUUACAGGCACAAGAAAUUCAGCUACCAGACAGUCUUUCUCUUCUUAUGUCUCCUGUGGGCUGGCCUGAGGACUACACUCUUCUCGUUUUACUUCCGAGACACAAUCAAAGCCAACACCCUCGACCCCUUUUCUUUCUGGUUGCUCUACUGCUUCCCGGUCUGUCUGCAGUUCUUCACCCUCAGUCUCAUGAACAUGUACUUUGCUCAGGUGGUUUUUAAGACGAAAGCAAAGUAUUUCCCUGAGAUGGCCAAAAAACUGCUUCCUAUCCGAUUGGUCUUCCUGGUUGCGAGCCUACUGUUCCUGAUGGUGAAUUUGACCUGUGCCUUGCUCGUGAAGAUUCAGCAUGCGGAGACCAAAAACAUUGUCUUGGUGCGGGUGAUCAUCAACGACUCCCUUUUUGUCGUCUGCGCCAUCUCACUGGCGGCUUGCCUGUAUGUCAUUGCUAAAACAUCGCCUUCAACCAGCAUCUACUUGGAAUCCAAGGGAACGUCGGUAUAUCAGACCACAGCCGUGGGAGCAUUGGUAAUCCUGCUGUAUGCCAGCAGAGCCUGUUAUAACCUGGUCGCUGUAAUGCGUUCACCAGACUCACACGACAGUUUUGAUUACGGCUGGUACAAUGUCUCUGACCAGGCUGAUCUGAUGUCGAAUCUUGGGGACAAAGGUUACCUUGUGUUCGGCUGCAUCCUUUUCUUCUGGGAGCUGUUGCCGACGGCCCUGCUGGUGCUGUUUUUCCGUGUUCGGAGACCAGCUCAGGACCUGGCUGGAACUGGUAUAAUUAACGGCCAGAGCUUUGCUUCCCGUUCAUAUUUCUUUGACAACCCUCGUCAGUUUGAAGGCGAUGACUGUCCUUGGACAAUGGGGUCACAGAAUGAACACGGCAGUUUAUCCAGCAGCCUCCAGCGUAAUGGCUGGUACGGCACUGAUAGGAGCAACGUCGAACCAUCCUGGUAUGAGGGUGUAUCCCAGAGCACCACUGCACCUUUACUCUUUGCCAGAGACCACAUGCAAGGCACCAACUAUUAUCACACCUUCUACUCCACUCCACAGACGUAGACUUUCGAGGCAUUCCAUUGGGACACUCCAUAAUCCUCUUAAUUCGAUGAGCAGCUUGUUUUAUUUAUUACUAUUGUAAAGGAAUCAGCUUCUGGAGGAAACAGGGACUGCUGAUCGACUCAAAGCUAGUUAGCCAAACACACAUGCUGUUUUAUCAGGUUUUUAGCUGACUGCCUAAAAGACCAGGCACCACACUGAGCGCACCCAAUAACUCACGGAUAUUCCUUUUCGAAAAUAUCUUUGUGUUGCUACUGAAUAGAGGCCACCAGUUGCUAAAGUUCCUCCACUGAGGGGGUUGUAGCUGCAUAGGCUCUGUCUCUCAUGCCCAUUUUCUGUCUGUCAGGCAUCUUGGACUGCUUGGGUUAGCUGCUUCUCCCCGGCUCGGUCUCGAUCUUGAAGCCAGUGACCUGUGCUGGGAUUUGGUGCCACACAUGUACCCUAAUGAACUGGCUGUUUUGUGUAUGAGAACUGACAAGUGAAAAUUAUGAAGGGUGAAAUUGGACACAGGCAGAACUGCUUUUUUUGUCCUGCUGUACAGUAUGAUACAGCUCUGUUGAAGUUAGUGGAAGUGAAUAUUGGAUGGGCUGGUUGGCUGGAACGGUUUCGCAUGCCUGCCUGUAUCCAAUUUCACACGUUGUGGUGAGUGAUUGUCCUCUGUGGAGUGCUACAGCUCACUGGAAAUUGAUCAUCAACCCACCUGUAGUGAGUCUGCAGAACAACACAAGGCCUCAGUUCACUUAGAGUAACGGUUAACUUCACAUCUGUUGAGCCACUUACCUGAGAGUUUUGAUGAGCAGUUGAUCUAAAGAGAUUAAAAAAUACUCAGGACCAAAAUAUUGUUAAACUUGCCAGACCAUGUGUCUAAGUUACAGGGAAAUGAAAGUCCAGACUGGGGGAAGGAUUGGAGGCAAGUGGGGAUAACUUCCAGUAAGAUUUGCACCACAGCUACUGACCUUGCAAGAUUUGACACUUUAAGGACUUAUGUUAGGAUCAGCUAUCCAGGAAAACACCAGCUAAGGGGCUAUUUAAAUUUGAACUUAGUAUAUUUUGGUAUUGAUACUGUUUGAUUGUGGAGAAAAUUGUAGCUAAACCUGAUGCCACCUUUGCCUGUACGCCCUACUGCAUUUCUCAUGCACGGGAAUAUUUUUAGUAGCUGGGGGCCACUGGAUUGGAAGAAGGUGCCAGAAGCUUGUGGGUCCUGUGUUUGUUCUGCCCCGUCCUGUUCCCCCAGCCCCCAACUCCCUGCCCUCCACAAGCCCGGGGAAUGUUGAAAGCAAUGACAACAUGCCCCGUAUCGUUGUCCCACCUAAAACCUGCUAACUCCGCACGGACCAGGGCUGUACCUUUUGGGCCUGCCUACUUUGGGUGGCUCACCCCCCCCCCACCCCCCCCCCCCCCCCCCCCCCCCCCCCCCCCCCCGCCCCCCCCCCCCCGCCCCCCCCACUUCCGGCUGACAUACGUACACACUCAGCCAGCAGUGCUCACAGUGGGUGAAGAGGAGCCUUAUCGUCAGUCUUGAUAUUCCAGCCUAGUGAUUCUUUUUAAAGCUCUGAGCCACUUCACAUCAGGUUGCAUAUUUGACAAACGCUUACAUGUAGAAUACAAUAUAACCAAACAAUAAGGAUUUAACGGAUGGAGCCAGGUACUUUGAAAAGUGAUGACACUUUUGAUGAGCGCCCUAAAAUACUGCAUAGAUAUAUUUUCUAAAUCAACUGUUUUCUCAGUUAUUAUGGGGCCACACGAGCGGCUUGUGUUGAAGUCUGAUCAAAUCUGUAUGAAGUUUGCACUGUUUUUUCUUCCUCCAUACAGUAGCAUUUGCACUCGCCUCAACUCUUCCAGGCGUCGACUUUAAAGGGUAGUGCUCACAUCGAGGAGAGAACGCCCCCUAUUUAUUUUAAAUGUUAUUGUCUGCUCAACCUUUUUGUUCCUGAGUCUCUCCAGCUCCCUCUCUGUCAAGAGUAAGCAGUUGAUUUUUUUUUUGUUCCAAAAUUAGUGCGAAUUUAAUUUCAUCACCACCCCACACCAACCCAGUUGUCCCUGUGUCUCCCCAGAAGCAUUAACUGAUGCCUGGGUGGGGGGGUUAUACAGUUCCUCAGGAACUGGGCCCCACCCUGGCACCUCGCCUAAGUGAUCGCGCUUCACUCGUGAGCUUGGACGAGAGCUGCUGGACGACCAUCAGGCAUUGGACACUGGCUGCUUUAUGUUCCCCGCCCCGCCCUCCUAGCUGCUGCCUGGACUGAGAUCCAAUAACUUGGUACAGAUGGUGAACUGGCCAUGGGGCAUUUCCGUUCUGUACACGAUCUGUGCCUUCACUUGCUCUGGUGGCAGAAAACGCCCAGAGACCCAUCUGGAGCUUGUUUUACAACCUGGUACGUAAGAGGAAUGAAUAUAGAUUAAUUUACUAAUGUUUUAUAUUUAGAUUUUAUUCUCAUUCCCCCCCCCCCCCAAGUAGUUUUUAUAUCUGUAGUCCUAUAUUGGCACAGCUGAAAUGAGGAACUCUCUCUUGGCGGAGACCACAGAUGACAUAAUGGGCUAGCACUUGUGACCUACUGCUCUAUGGCACAGUGAGUUGAAGUAAAGCACUGAUAGUACUGUGUUCCGAUAUUUUAUAUCUGACUACGUGUAAUGCAACCUUUUUUGAUGAGUGUCUUAACUGACCUGUCAGAGCACAGUUUUUUUUUGAAUUUGUAAUGGUUACUGAGCUAUAACUCCUGGAAGGUAUUUUA